AUGGAAGUCGCAAUAAGUGGCUUUGCAGCUGUUGAGAUUGCACUUCAACUGGCUAAUGGCUUCGCCAAACUGCACGACUUCUGGGUCACAAUUCAGGAGGCGCCUGAGGAUAUUGCCGAUAUGGUUAGCGAGUUGAGGUGCCUCUCAGACCUGCUGAGUGAAAUCGCAACGCAGCAGUAUACUGGCCGUGGUAUUCUAAGUGCAAUGGAGCGCUGCGGGAGGAAAGUCAAAAUACUCCACGGAAUCGUCCAAGAGUUCGAACCAAACUUCACCUCACAUCUUAGGCGCGUACGAUUCUGGAAUAAACUCAAAGCGGCUCGCAAGAAGCAAAAGCUCAAGGAGUUCCGUGAAUCCCUUCUGGAAACCAAGACAACGCUUAUCCUCGCUUUGACGCCCAAAUGGUUGGUCAAGUUCAUCUCAAGAACAGCCAUCGGAAAUGUUCGAGAUGCGCUCGAUACCCGGGAACCACGGGUAUCGGCACCAUCUCAAAGUACUUCUGAUAGCGAGUCACCACCAUCAUACUCUGAAGCCAAGCCCACGGUACUGGAAAGGGCCGAUGAUGGAACGAUUUCAUCUGUCCCUGAUGUUCAAGACCCUAUCCGAAAUCUCAUUGAAAGUGCUCUGCUCGCGGCAACUCGGGAUUCUUUCGAUGGCACCUCAUUUGCAAAAUUGAUGAACGACAUGAUGCAACAUGCUUCUUCCGUACAGUCUCCAGAACGCAGCUACCACACCACUCGUCCAGUUCAACCUCAUUGCAGCACAUCUGACAAGCCUACAAGCCAGACUCCUAUAGCUGAUCAAGUCGAGACCGCGUCCGCUUUACUUCGUCAGCAGGGAGGGUCCCCAAAAGUUUAUCAUCAAAUCUCAGGGACCGAGACUCCGUUCGGAACCAUUUGGUGCAGAACCAGCACGGUGAAGACAAAUGGUCGCUCCAAGUCACCCAAAGGGAUUCAUCUGGUGACCUCGUACGUUUAUUACCCUUCAUGGUGGCUGAGCAAGCUUGGUGUCAAGACUGGCAUGGAAGCAAACUUGAGCAGCUCCCCCAAGGGAUGGCAGUUUUGCCUUAAUCCUGUCCGUGCAGUCCCGGACGACUCUUUAAUCUUUGAUUUUUGCAAGACCGGCAACAUUGAAGCAGUCCAGCAUAUGAUAGCCCGAGGCGUCGCCUCGGUGCAGGAUACGAAUUCCAAGGGUUGGACACCUCUACACUUCGCAGCCGAUGCGGCCAACGUCGAAUUAUGCGAAUUCCUGAUUUCGGAACGGGCUGACAAAAGAGCUUUAGCCUAUGAAGGCCCUUCCGAAAACACGCUCUCGUCGGUGACAAUCUUCGCAGAGAAAGUUCAAUGUCUGUCCGCACAGCGUAAGAUUGCUAUGCUUCGUCUAUUCUUGGAUACUCUGGAUUUGUCGGAGCCCAGUGACGAUGGAUGGACCGUGAUUGGAUCUCUGGUAAAAGCGCAAUCUAGGGAAGAUAGCUCCCUUGCUUCAAACAGCAUAAGCUGGUUUCUGCAGCAAUUCUCGACGGACAAGAUGGUCAAAUUCGGAGCCAAAACGCUGUGGCACGGCCUUCAGCACGCCGUGCGUGCUUUCAUACAGCUCACCCAGGAGGAUAUGGUCUUGCAAGAACUGAACGAUCUUGGAGUCAACAGCAUAAAGAGCUCGAUUAGAAGGUCGCAGGUCGUGUCUCUAGCUCGUUGGACAGCACUUCGAGUCGCAGGGCGACGACUGUUACCGAUGCUGAACAUAGCAGGCGCGAUCCUUCAUUGCCCAGGCUUUGAUUGGGUUGGGGAUGGUCCACAACCCAACGCCGCCCUGGCGGAAAAGCAGUUACCGUUUAUCUUCUCCACGUGGACAAGCACCCUAGCAGACAGUAUCGAAAGCGUUCAGGAACUCACAGCCGUGGAGCUUCAGGCAAUUUUGGAACAAGCAGGCUGGACGUCAGCAUUCUUUCAAGGAUUGGAUUCAAAGCUUUUUGAUGAGCGACCUCAAAGCCAGCAACGCUGCAGCGCUAAACCUCGUUGUUCAGCCUGCGGUGACGACUAUACUUUCUUGGGAGCUGGAGUGGUGGAGCCCUCUUGGAUUGCCUUUGCCGAGUGCACCAAAUCCAAACACCGAUUCGACUGUCUUUGUUCCAAUUUCCCUUGGAGUGAGGUGGUGAGCAAAAUCGACCACAUUCGGCAGAGCCAUCAAUCAAUGCGAGAGGAGGACGACGAUAAGAAGCCGGGGGAAAUUCAACAACAGCUCGGGCUUUCCCGUGCCCACACUAGUCAGCUUGAUGACGGAGACGACGCUAACGUUGACACGGAAGAUGAAGACCCCUUCUACGACACCCUACCCGAACAGCUUAGAGAAGGAGAGCAAACCAAGGAAGAUGAGGAAAGCUUAAUCAUACAAGCGCUCGAAACACUCAACAAAACAGACCCCUUUUCUUCCAUUGCCCUUGAUCUCUACCGCACCCAGGGUCAAGCCUGGCUCGGAUCUUACCAGCCGGCCGAGUCGCUUUGUGGCACGUGCUUUCUCAGGAGGGAAAGGUAUAUUGAUGAAAAAGGGGAUCCGGGCAAUGAUAUGGUCAAGCCACCCGAGAGGUUUGUGAUGAUAAUUUGA